AGGCCGAGGAGGGCCAGACGGACAACGAGGCGGACCGCCUCAGCCGCGCGCAGGCGGCCUUCGGCGGAGACACGCUGGCCCGGAUCAAGGACCUCAACGUCCUCGUGAUCGGCUGCCGAGGCGUGGGCGUCGAGACCGCCAAGAACCUCAUCCUUAGCAACGUCGGCAGCGUCGUGGUCUGGGACCCCGCGGUCGCGAAGGCAGAGGACCGCGGCGCCAACUUCUACCUCUCCGACGCGAGCGUGGGGAAGCCCAGGGCCCAGGAGUGCCUCGCGCAGCUGAAGUCGCUGAACCCUUACUGCAAGGUGGAGACGCUCGGAGUGGCACAGGAGGCGCUGCCGGCGGCCCUCGGCGAGGCCAACGUCCAGGCGACGGGGCGAGGCUACGGAGCGGUGGUCGUCACCGACCUGCUGCCGCGCGCCACGCUGCUGGGCCUGAACAGCGCGGCGCGCGCCAAGGGCAUAGCGUUCAUCAUGGCGGUCAACAUGGGCGUGACGACGUCCGUCUUCUCGGACUUCGGGCCCAAGCACAUCAUCACCGACGAAGAUGGCGAGCCCACGCAGAUGAUGGCCGUUGCGGGUGUGUCCGUAGUCGAGGUCGGGGGGAUCAUCAAGAUCGACGGCGCCAAGGAG